GACUCAAGAUUACACUCUCGCUAUCACUUCUCUCUCUAGUUUCUCUCUCCUCCUCACAGUAACAGUGCUCUGUUAUUCUUAUUCUGCUUCUUCUUCUUCUUCUUCCUCAUCAUUAUUGAAGGCGAUCGGAGCAAAGAGAAGAAAAAUGAGAGAGGAGGAAAUCGAGAAGCUUCGAGGGGUGGUGAGGGACUGCGUGAGCAAGCAUCUGUACUCGUCGGCCAUAUUCUUCGCCGACAAGGUCGCCGCCUUUACCAACGAUCCCGCCGACAUCUACAUGCAGGCUCAGGCCCUCUUUCUCGGCCGCCAUUAUCGCCGCGCCUACCACCUUCUCAACGCCUCCCAGAUCGUCCUCCGCGACCUCCGCUUCCGCUACCUCGCCGCCAAAUGCCUUGAGGAACUGAAGGAGUGGGAUCAGUGUCUUCUAAUGCUUGGCGACGCUAAAGUGGAUGAACAUGGGAAUGUUUAUGAUACCAAGGAUUGCAAUGCCAUGUACUUGGAUAAAUAUGGUGAAGAUCGCGAGAUCAAUAUAUCUUCUGCAAUAUGCUUUCUGAGAGGUAAAGCAUAUGAAGCUUUGGAAAAUCGUUCCCAAGCUCGACUGUGGUUCAAAGCUGCUAUCAAAGCUGACCCUUUAUGUUAUGAGGCACUGGAAUGUCUUAUUGAAAAUCACAUGCUUUCAUGUGAGGAAGAAACAAGUCUCCUAUCGUCAUUGCACUUUGGAGCAGAAGAUGGAUGGCUGUCAUCUUUCUAUUCAUGUUUAAUAAAAAAGUAUGACAAAGAGUAUGUCGUAGAAGCCAAAUUCAGAGAACUUGAGAAAGAAAGUUGCAAUAGCAACCCUUCUGAUUUAUCCUUCAUGCGUAAUCUAAAAAGCAACACUGAUCUUUUGGCCUGCAAAGCUGAGUACUAUCACCAGUGCGGUGAAUAUCAAAAAUGCUUUGAAUUAACCUCCAUACUACUUGAAAAGGAUCCUUUCCAUCUGAAAAGUACACUAGUGCAUCUUGCAGCUGCCAUGGAACUUGGGCAAUCAAAUGAACUCUAUCUUAUGGCAUGCAAUCUAGUGAAAGACUAUCCUCAGAAGGCUUUAUCAUGGUUCGCUGUUGGUUGCUAUUACUAUUGUAUCAAGAAGUAUGAUCAAUCACGCCGUUAUUUCAGUAAGGCUACCAGUCUAGAUGGAACCUUUCCACCUGCUUGGAUAGGUUAUGGCAAUGCUUUUGCUGCUCAAGAAGAGGGUGAUCAAGCAAUGUCAGCUUAUCGCACUGCUGCUCGUCUCUUUCCAGGGUGCCAUUUACCAACUUUGUACAUUGGGAUGGAGUACAUGCGAACCCGCAGUUUUAAACUUGCUGAGCAGUUUUUUAUACAGGCUAAGAGUAUUUGCCCAUCAGAUCCACUUGUCUAUAAUGAGCUAGGAGUUGUUGCUUAUCACAUGAAGGAGUAUAGUAAAGCUGUACGGUGGUUUGAGAAAACUUUGGCCCACAUUCCUUCCCCUUUAAGUGAAAUGUGGGAACCAACUGUGGUCAACAUUGCUCAUGCUUGCAGGAAAUUGAAGCUGUAUGAAGAAGCAAUUGCUUAUUAUGAAAAAGCACUUGCAUUAUCAACAAAAAGUGUGAGCACUUAUGCUGGUCUUGCAUACACCUAUCAUUUGCAGGACAACUUUUCUGCAGCAAUUACACACUAUCACAAAGCUUUGUGGCAAAAACCAGAUGAUCAAUUUUGCACUGAAAUGUUAAGUGCGGCUCUAGUAGAUGAAUGCCGUGGCGGUGUGGAUCCCAAGGUCGAAUUCCGAUGAAAUGAUGUUUACCUCUAAUGGGGCAUGUUUUUGUUUCGUUAAUUCUCUUUUAUUGUUUAUGUAUUAAUUAUUACAAUUGUCUUUACUAGUACAAUUGAUUAGUCAUGAAUAUAAUUGUUGUGUCAAGCCAAAGAAAUUUAUGCAAUAUUAUGUGGUUGUACCCUGAUUCAACUGUUGAUUCCUGCGAUUUCGACCGCUUCACAAGUUAAGCAAUGCAUCAUAGAAUCUGUGCUCAAUUUGACUUUUGCAAUUGGUGAAUGAUUCAAUAUGGUGAGUGGAUUAUGCGUGAAUGACUGCGUGAGUGCACUCUUUCCCUUCAGCUGGUCAAAGCAGGAAGCGGCUUAUAUUAAACUUUUGUUUGGCCUUGUAAUUGAAGAAGAAAGAGAU